GCGCGUAUAGGAAGGAAAGGAAGGAAAGAGCUGAAGCAGAUCAGUCGCCAGCGGAGCCCAAGACGGCGGAUGAACGGAGCCGAACGUGUGUGUCGCCCUUGACGUUUUUACAGCAGCUAAACGCGGCGUCCGGCAGCCCCACAAUGAUGCUCAAACUCGUCCAAAUCCUCGGGGUUUUCGUCUGCGGCAGUCAAGCUGCCCUGCAGGUGUCCAUAUCCUUGAACAAAGUGGAGUUAAGUGUCGGAGAGUCCAAGUUCUUCAUCUGCACAGCUAUUGGUGAGCCGGUGAGGCUGGAGUGGUACAACCCUCAGGGUGAGCGCAUUGUGCCCUCAAAGCGGAUGGCACUCCACACAGAGACAUCACGAGCCAGGCUCAUCAUUUACAAUGCCAUCAUCGAAGACGCGGGUAUAUACCGCUGCCAGGCCACCGAUGCCAGCGGUCACACUGAGGAGGCCUCGGUUGUGCUGGAGAUCUACCAGAGGCUGACAUUUCAGGAUGUUAAGUCACCGCAGGAGUUUCGCCACGGUGAGACAGCAGAAGUGGCGUGUGAUGUCAUUAGUUCACCAGUGCCUGUGGUGGUUUGGUACUACCAGGACAAAGAAAUUACUGAGGAGCACCACAGCAGGUUCCAGGUUCUGGCAAACAACAACCUACAGAUCCAUCAGGUGACCAAGGCUGACGAGGGUGUGUACCGCUGUGAAGCCAGCGUAGAGGCCCGGGGCGAGAUUGAUUUUGUCGACAUCGCUGUGUUGGUCAACGUCCCUCCGGUGUUGUCAGUAUCCCAGCAGUCCUUCAAUGCCACAGCUGAUGACCAGGAAUCAGUCACCUUUACUUGCAUCACCUCGGGAUCUCCUGACCCUGUAGUCACAUGGCACAGGAAAGGGCAGGCACUGGAGCCAUCAGAGCAGUACAUUUUCAGCAGGCUGGAAGGAGGGCGUAGCAUGUUAACCAUCCGCAACAUCCGACAGGGAGAUGGCGGUACCUACUCCUGCAAAGCCACCAACAAGGCAGGCUCUCAGGAAAGAGAGCUCUUCCUCAAAGUAUUUGUCCAGCCCCAUAUCACCCAGCUGAAAAAUGUGACAGCCGUGGAGGGCAGCGCCGCCAUGAUCUCCUGUGUGGCUGAGGGUGAGCCUCUGCCUGAUAUUUCCUGGAGGAGAGCCAGCGAUGGCCAGACCUUCAUGGAUGGAGACAAGAGCCAGGAUGGACGGUUUGAAGUUCGUGGUCGUCAUGGCAAGUCAGUGCUGACGAUUAGUGGUGUGAAGCUGGCUGACUUGGGUCGAUUUGACUGUGAGGCCCUCAGCAGAAUUGGAGGUCAUCAGAAGAGCAUGUUUCUGGACAUUGAGUAUAUACCAAAGUUCCUGACAAACCAUACAAUCUAUUAUUCCUGGGAGGGAAACCCAGUGAACAUUAGCUGUGAUGUGAUGUCAAACCCUCCUGCCACCAUGCUGUGGAGGAAGGAGCGCUUCACCAUUUCUGCAGAGGGAACGCCCAACAUGCAGGUGCACAGUGCGGAGGGCAAGUCUGUGCUUGAGGUGACUCCCAUGUCCGACAGGGACUUUGGCCGCUACAACUGCACAGCCAGGAACAACAUUGGAGUUCGAUACCAGGAGUUCAUUCUGGCCCAGGCAGAUGUACCAUCAAAUCCAUACUCAGUGCGUCUGUCGGCUGUUUCCCAGCGUCUCGCAACCGUUACCUUCAUGAAGCCAGACUCUCAUGGUGGCGUACCCAUCAGCUACUACCUGGUCCAGUACAAGGAAGUGGGCUCACAGGACUGGAGGGAUGUCAUGUCACACAGUGUCCAGACAACAGUGGUGCUGACGGGACUGGAGCCUAACACGACGUACGAGGUUCGAGUGGCAGCUGUCAAUGGAAAGGGUCAGGGAGAGUUCAGCCACACGGAGACCUUCCAGACUUUACCCAUCCGAGAGCCGAGUCCGCCAGCGGUCCAUGGGCAGAGAGGGAUGGGCAAGGCCUACAGGCUGGGGCUGGUCAAACAGGAUGAUGGAGGGAUGCCCAUUGUGGAGUAUAUAGUGAAAUACAAGACGGAUAAAGAGGAACAGUGGAUGACCAAACUAGUUCCAGGAGCAAAUGAUUUCGCGAUGCUUCAGCCACUGCAGUGGAACACAAGAUAUGAAGUGGAAAUCACGGCGCGCAAUGUCAAGGGCCUGUCGGAGCCUACCUUCUAUCAGUUCUUCAUGCCACAGAAACCAGAUAUUACAGCAGAAUCCCUGUUCAGCGGCCUGGGGCUGGGGGCGGUAGUGGGCCUGGGCCUGGGAGUGCUGCUGCUCCUCCUUGUGCUGGUGGAUGUCAGCUGCUUCUUCCUGCGUCACUGCGGCCUACUGAUGUGCAUUACACGCACACUGUGCAGCAAGAAAACAGCUACCAGCGGAAAGGGCAAAGAAAUGGAGGAGGGCAAGGCUGCGUACCUGAAGCUACCGCUGAAGGAAGAAAAUGGAAAAGAGUCUCUCAAGCCAGAUACGAUUGAAAUCAAAGUGCACAGUGACAACAGCAUCCACACAAAGCCCGACGACAGCAAAGCGUAAAAGGGUCGGCCCCCUCAGCACCAAACAAACAUUCAGAUCACGAGACCAAAACCCAGAGAAACUACAAAACUGGAAGAUAGUGGAGUGAAAUAUCUGUUUAUAACAAUGCCCCAGUGAACGGCAUAUGUAAAUACAAAUAACAGAGAGAAAACAGGAAGGAAGGGUCAACAUUUUAGACACCCUGAGUGAUAAAUGUAUCAUGUUCUUACAAACAUGGCAUCAGUGGAAAGCUCUUGUUGAUCAAUGAUUGUAUAUUAUGUUUUGCUUUUAUUUGUCUCACUUUUGUUGUCUAUUCAUAACUGUUGUUUUUCUGAAGAUGCUUUCUUGUUCAUCUUUCCUUUUCAAAGCCCACAUAAGACUUUCCUACAGGUAAAUGAAAAUGAUUCUUGAGCCCCCUUCUAUGACUUUUCACACAAAAGACACAAUCACAAAUGCAGGCAUAAGUUAGUGUGCUAGUGUACCUCUAAGCUCACACCACUCUCGCUCUCAUUUGCCAGCCCACUGCAGGGUAUCACAGUGAUUUAAACCCAAUCGCCUGUUUCCAUGCCUGAGUGUUACACCACAGCGAUCGUUUUAUGCCUUUUUAACUGAAAAGGUUGUUUGGCUAAUGAGCAGCAAACACUGUAGCAUCGUAUUUCAAGCUAGCUGGCUUCAGUAACAAAAGUCAAACUCCUCUGACUUCAGGAAAACAAGACUACAGGUAUCAUUUCAACAGGAGGACAGUUGUAUCAAACAGACCCUAAAUAUUAAUUAUUAAGAAUAAUGUGGACUUCAUAUUUAAUGCAUUAUAUGUGAAGGGCUGUAGUGGAUUAUAGUUUGUGUUGCAGGAAAAUUUUUCAAAAAUCUAGACAAAAAGAAUGUGUUGCUAUGUCUAUGGAGUAAACAGUGUAACAUCACAUAUGUGCAUUGAUGUUGUUGUUAGCCAGUCCUUUUUUAUUGAUGCUGAAUAUUGUUGACAUUCUUCAACUGUCUUACAAUGUGUGCAUAAGUUGUUUUAUUCAUUUGUGUUCACAUCGCAUACACUGUACUGCUGCCAGAGGUUAACGGCACUGCGAGCCAAUUUACGAUUUGAUGAACAACUUGAAAAAAUGAUGUGUUGAAAGGCUUCUCCACAAGUUCCCUGAUAUGUGUCACUACUGUCUGUAAAAGCAGGGAAAGCAGUGAAUGGUUGGACUCAAGGCAUGGGAACCGAGAAAGAAAGAAAUGAACCUGUCAUAUGUUAUGUAUGUUUUUAAUGAUGAACACUGGUUUUCCUAUUCAUUCCUGUUUCAGAUCUGCCUCAGAUUCCUUUUUAAAAUCUUUUUUUUUUUUUUUUAAAAUCUGAUCACUGUUCUCUCUGAUGUUGUCAUGUGUUGUACAUAGAUGAAAAAAGAAUAUUUUACAGAGCUUUUAUGUAAAUAUACCCUAAAGAAUGUGUCUCUUUUCAAAAUGCAACAGGCUUGGCUUUUUGUGGAUGCUCCUCAGAUGAAAAGCUGCUUUUUUUCCUUUUUUUAUUAUUAUGUUGUGUUUUUGGUCCAGAGUUCAGUGAUGGUGUAAUAUUGCUUUUUCUAGUCAUUUGUUUUCCUUUAACAAAAUCCAUGCCCUAAGGCUAUUUCACGGUAUUUCAGUGGAGGCAGUAAUUACAGCAUUCUCUGUUUCUUUUUUUCCCUUCCUCUCCUUGUGGCCCAGUGCCGCUGCAGCAGUGUAGACCAACAAAUGAAUUCUUGAUCACAACUUUGCUGCUUUUGUUUGCCACAGAAUGUGUCAGAAAAUUGAAUUUUAUUGGGAUGCUGUGAGAUGAGAAAUGUAGUCUUAGGAUUGUGGGUUGUAGUCAAUGACACUGGAAAAAAAUGUGUAUAACUACCUACUACAACUAGAUGCUAGGCUGAUGCUGUAACUCUGGAGUAAAAAGUGAUGGGCUGCAAAUAUUUGGUUUUAAUGUGAUGUAUUGCAUCUUCAUGAGUGUGUGUGUGUUUGUGUGUGCAAACAUGCAUGAGUGAGUGAAUGUAUCAGGUUGUGUGUAUGUCCGUUGAAUGCAUCUGCUUGUACUAUGUGUUUGUGAGAGCAUGUGUGCCCAUUUAAUUUUUCACAAUAAGAGUCUCCCACUUACAAUAAUAUCCUAAUUUAUAGAGUUAAGACCCCAAUUUUAGAGUGUGUGUGUGUGUGUGUGUGUGUGUGUGUGUGUGUGUGUGUGUGUGUGUGUGUGUGGUUGUUUGUCUGCAUAUCAGCCCUGUGAUAGACUGGCGCCCCGUCCAGGGUGUACCCCGCCUUGCGCCCGAUUUCGGCUGGUGUUGGCUUCCCCCCCCCCACACUCUCGCGGUAUAGAUAUGGAUAGAUGGAAAUUUAGCUAUUCUGACAAUUCUUUUCAAUUUUAUUUUGAUAACUAUUUAUGUAAUUUAUGUUUAUUUUUGUUAACUGUUUAUAGUAAAUUCGAGUGUAUUAUUAAGCACACUUUGCAGCUCCAUGAUGCAUUGCUUGGCUCUGCAAAUCUAAGAGGUUAGGAUGACCACAUGCCAAGUAAGAAUGUCUGUGUGGAUGUGAGUGUGGAGUGAGCUGGCAAGAGCUCUCAUGCCGAGUUUCGGAGUGCGCUGUGAUAGGUAAAACCUGAUUAUGUAGUUCUUGACAGUGAUUAAUUCCCCAGGCUACAGCACUUCACACACGUGUCUGUGAGCUCCCCUGCUGCUGCCACCUUGCCACUAUUCCCUGCCUCUGAGACUCCAUUGGUUUUUUUUAUCUCAGAUCUUGUAGCACUAGCUUUGUUUUCUCACAGCGAGCCCUUGUACUUGCAUAUCUCAAAUGGAUGGUCCUGCCAUAGAGUGGUUCCGCUGCCUGUUAUGAUGACUGUAAAUAUGGGAGCACAGUGCCUGGAGGCUAUACGAUUUGUACAUGUUCUUUUGUAUUUGAAUUUGAGUCUAAAUCCCCAACUCCCUCUCCCCUUUUAUUUCCUCUCUCUCUCUGUGUCCUCCAACAUGCCUCAGUCCUUUUUCUGUAGGGGGUAAAACAGGUGUGUUUGAGCUCAGUGUACACUAUGUGUCCUCUUUGUCCCCAUGCUCCCUAUGUCCCUUGGACUGUCCCCACUGAGUGUACUUUGUGCAGGAGGUGGGAACUAUUGAUGUCUCUCUGUAUGUACCUGUGGAACACUUGUGACUCCUGUCAUUUGCCGCUGUAAAUAAACAUGUCCUGGUA